AUGACUCCCCAAUCACUUAAACACAAAGUAGUGAAUCUAGAAAAAUAUGACAACAGUACUCUUCAACGGCAUCUUCUAGUCUUGACAACUUUCAUGGAAAUCGCUCUGCAGGCCGAUCCUCCUCAUAUAAAAGCUUUGCAGAAUUAUUUAGUCGAGCUCACAUCUAUAAUUGAGAGAGCGAGAAGCACUGUUUCGAGGGAUAGUAUUUGCAUGGCGAUGGGCAUUCUUUUCAAAUAUAGUGGCGCAUUAUUGGAUGUCCAGAGUGGUUCUGAUGCAGAGUAUGCCGACUUGGGACAGGGAAUAGACAAACGGUCGAUAUCGAUCCUACACGACGCAGAUAAUGCGGCUUCAGUGCAAGCUGGAAUUGAAGCUUCUGCUGCUGUCACCCGUACGAAUCUAUCGAGAAGUGAAUUGGCAGCUUUAUGGACACGUGAUGAUUUGGCUGAAUACUGCACAGACAGUCUAAUACCAGCAGAAGGAGGUAUUCAAAGGCUUCAUGCGGGAGUUUAUCGGCAAGGACUGAAGAACUAUUCUGUGAAGAAACCAGCUAUAACCGAUGAACAAAUAGAAAUCUUGUUCAAACGAUUGAUACCAUUUCUUCAUCGCCCUGAAGUCCUGCGCAUGAUAGUGUGGAUGAUCGGACAUGAGGACUCUUCUGGACAGGUUGAACAGAGUGAGUUCGUUUGCAGAAACUGGAUUUUUCUCGAAAUU